AUUAAUUGAAAAGAUCAAGAUUUAAUUGGGAAAAAUUCAUAAUCAUAUCGGUAGAAUAAUUGAAGCUUUAGGAUGCAUGCAUCUUAGCUUUUGCUUGACCUCUCAUGUUGAUAUAUGUGCUAUUUCCAAUAUUUAAAGGUGAUAUCUUGCGUGCGAAACUUGAUUCCAAGGGAAAGGAUAUAGUUGAGACUUAAGCGCUUUGAGAUGGCCCAACGGUAUUAUGCUCCGAUGCGUAAUCGCUACUCCAGCGAAAGGGACCACCCGGUUGAGCGCUACCGAGAUUACGAGUGGGACGGGAAGCUCUUCCUCAUGUCCUACGUCACCGAGUUUUAUAGUAAAUGGAUGAAUGCCUAUGCAUAUGGGGGAGCUACCCAUCACGAGGGGAUCCAAAAGCUCAUCCACACUUUACCGUCUCCUUGGGAUGAGUGGACCGCUCAGGCAUCUCGGUUUUUCAUAUGGUAUAGCCCGCCCGAUUACACCGCGCGGGGGGAUUUGGUUGGCCUUAUAAAGGUGCUACUUCCGGCCAUGACAGCUGCGUUCGACGGACCGCCACGUAAUCCACCUCCACAUAUCUAUCCGCCGGGUCAAGCCCGCAUGCGGAAGUAUCGCUACGACGAGGAGCCACAUGUUUCACGUGCUCCUAAGAGAAGGAGACUUGGAAUGCGUGUCUCGCCUCCUCCAAGAAUCGACAGAGAGGUAGAUAGGAUGCUCGAGAUGACCCCUCCACUCUUAAACGUCGAAGGAGAAGACGAGGAUGAGGAACCACUCGAGGAGGGGGAGGAUCCAAAUGAAGAGAGUGUUGGAGAGACCGAGGAGGAGGGGGAUGAGGAUGGGGAUAAUUAGAAAUGAUGUCUUGUUACACUUUUCCCAUGUUUUGAUACUCUAUUGUUUUGCUUGGCCUUGACAUUUCUCUUUCCCGUUGUUUUACCUUCUGUUUUCGUUAUGAUGGAACUAAGACCUCUUCGAGGCAACAUU